AUGCACUACAUACGGAAACGCAUCAUCGACGAGACUGCCACCGUUCUCAAAAAAGGAGAAAUGGACGAUGAAAAUUCCAAGGCUUUAUCGUCACUUAUUCAGGAAUAUUGCACAGCGGUCAGAGAGCGUGAAUUUAUGCGAGAUCUAGCAUAUCGCGAUUGGGAUACCUGCCCUUUCCAUCUCAAGUCGGAACGGCCCAUGGAGCGCGACCUGCUCAACUAUCUCAAGGCAAGCGGCGUCCAGCCUGAGAGGGCGGUUCCUUGGUAUGAGGGCGAGUUGCACCCCGUUCUUCCAGGAGCCCCGUGGGACUAUCCAUCCGCUUCAAAAACCAGGACACAGCGAUAUGCCUUGGCAAUCCUCGGCGUCCUUAUUCUCAAUGUACCGAUGAUCCUCAUGGUGUUAGUGCCAAGUACCGCGAUGAGCUUGGUAACUGUCGUCGUCUGCACCAUGGUUUUCGCUAUCGCGACGGCGUACUUUUCUCCGACGAAGCUGCCUAUUGAGCUGCUAGCUGCGACGGCUGCGUACGCAGCAGUAUUAGUUGUGUUUGUCGGGGGAACCACCGAGUCGGCGAAGUAA